AAUAAUUUGGUGAUGUUUCUGGCCAUCUACUCCGUGCCACUCCCUAGAAUCGAGGUCCUUCAACUCCAUUCGUCCCUGGAAUUUAGGUGCUGGAUUCGCAGGUCCUUCAACUCCAUGCUACUUUGACAGAGAUUUACUCCUCCUUAGGAAAGGGGCGGACCAGCUGGUAGUAACCUGCACCCCUGAAUCCAUUAACCCUGACAUUUUUGGGCACUUUCGUCUCCACUUCGGCGGCGGCUUAUAUAGAAAAUGAAAGUACCCAUACUGAAUGCAGUGGAUAGCUGCUUGCAGGUGGAUAUGUCCUAGCAGUUCCAGUUGCAAGCAAACUGCUCAUUUUGUUGCUAAGUGGGAUGUAGAACACAGAAAAUAGAGAACAUUUGGCUUCAAAUUUUAGAGAUAUCAGAUACGAUGGAUUUUUGAGUUUGAUUGGACAUCUUGGUAGUUCAAUCAAAGAAAAUGACUGGAUGGAAGAAACCAUUUUUUCUUAGUUCCAUUCCAGUUUGUGAAUAAUUAGACACCUGUCUCCCCGCUCUCAAAAAAAAAAAAAAAAGAAGUAAGGAGAACUAGUGGAAUAGACAACUGUGUCCUCUAAUUGAAGGCCUGAUGCUUCACCGCUGCAACUUCUGUAAUUAUGGUGAAUGACUAGCAAGUGAAUGUAAUGGUGAGAGGCCCAGAAAAUGAACAUCUUAACAUAUCAAUAUGCUACUUUGACGCUGAACGCACCCGUAUUUCGUUUCUCAAGAAACAUCCAAAAUCUGAAAUUGUCAUUAUUAGAUUACACAAAUCGGAGGUUCUACCCAUGCAUGUCUCAAGCGCACAAGAACCCAAUAUUUGUAUGGCACACAGAUUAUUCCUGUCGACAAUUCGCUUUGGCUGUAAGGUGUAAAAAUCAGAAUAAUUCCACUAUCUCUGUCAGUUUGGAGAAUGGUGGUUAUGAUGCUUGUGCUCUGGAGAAAUCUUACAGCCUUGAAAAAGUUCACCAAGAAACCCCUGAGAAGAAUUUCUGGGGAGCUGUGGGUUUAAUCGUGGGAACAGCUGUAGGGCCUGGAAUGUUGGGAUUACCUGCAGCAACCCUAAAAUCAGGUCCAGUUCCAUCAACAUUUGCCCUAAUCUUCUCUUGGCUCUACGUUAUUUCUUCUGUUAUUCUUGUUGCAGAGCUCAGCUUUGCAGUAAUGAAACAAGAUAGUGUUGCUGAAGUUAGCUUCACGGGCCUUGCUAGGAAGACAUUGGGAAGUAGUCUUGGUACUUUUGUUGCUUUGGUUUAUGCAUCCUUGAGCUUUUCUUUGUUAGUGGCUUGUGUGUCAGGCAUUGGUGCUAUUGUCUCUCAGUGCUUCCCAUGGUUAAAUCCUAUAAUUGCAAAUGGGUUGUUUCCAUCUAUGGUAGGACUAACUCUGUGGUUAUUCCCAUUUAAGGCCAUUGACUCGGCUAAUAGAUUUCUAUGCAUCAUGAUGCUUUUCUCCAUAAUAGCACUUGUUGGAAUUGGUUUCCUUGUUGGGCGAAAUAAUAUCUUAGUUUCCUUUGUGUAUGCUUCAUGGGAGAUUUCUUUAGUUUUGCCAGCUAUACCCAUUGCUGUUCUAACACUGGGGUUUCAUGUGAUCACUCCUUUUAUUUGUAAAAUUUCUGGGAACACUAUACAUGACGCUCGAAAAGCAAUACUAUUUGGUGGAAGUAUUCCAUUGCUUAUGGUUCUAUCAUGGAAUACUAUAGUAUUGGGGCUUGCUGGUACAAACAAUACAUCGUCAAUUAAGGAUCCCAUUUCACUUUUGCUUUCAGUAAACCGUUCUGCUUUAUCAGCCGUUCAAGCCUUUGCAUUUUCAGCGCUGGCAACUAGCUUAAUUGGUUAUGCUGUUAGCUUUCCUAAACAGCUUGCCGAUACACUAGAGUUCAUCUUUGCUAAAUCUAAUUCAAGGCAAAUGAGAAGCCAGGGACCUCAAGGAUUUCAAAAUGAAGUUGGAAAAAUUGGGCAGACGACAUUCACAUAUGCACAAGGCCCAGGAAAUGCAGGCAGAAUAUCUUACAGUGGUCUUAAUGUCCAUUCUGGUUCCAAAUUUAAUUCAGCCUGUGUGUGGAAUUCAUUGAGAAGAUUUGUGAUGCCUUUUGUACUUGGUCUUCCUGUUCUAGUUGCUGCCUUAUUUCCCUCUACAUUUUCCAGAGCUCUUGACUAUGCUGGGAUAUAUGCCAAUUGUUUUCUUUUUGGCAUCCUCCCUCCGGUAAUGAUGCAUGUUUACCAGCAGCAGACAAAACGCAGGAUAACGAUUCUACCAGGGGGUAAUUUUGGACUUCUGGUUCUCUUCAGCAUUGCAGUCGUAUUAUCUAUUAGGCAUUGAAUUGAUGGCAGGGUUUGUAAGUGUAAGAAAGUGAUUCUUGUUACAGAAUAUAUGCAAGAAGAUUGUCUGAAUCCAAAUACGCAACAGUAAAUAUAUGGAAUGGGGUCAGUUCCAA